GGAGGGGGGGCGGAGCCCGGCAGAAGAUGGCGUUCGUGCGCUGUAGGCGAGACCCCUGCGGCGUUAUCUGUCUGAUUUUAACCUAUUUCAGCGUGUUUUACGCGGACUACGUGGUCAUACAGUAUGUCCUCCUCCCCGCCUUCUCGGACAGCGUGUGGUGCACUCUGCACGGAUCUGUGUUCAACCUGAUUCUGCUGCUGCUGCUGGCCUGCCACGCCAAAGCCGUCUUCUCAGACCCCGGCAUGGUGCCUCUUCCUGAGACAGCCAUGGACUUCUCAGAUCUUCGCUCCCAGUCGAGUCGGAUGAACGAGCGGGGCUGUGAAGGCUGGUCGGUGUGCAACCGCUGUGAAACGUACCGACCUCCCCGAGCGCAUCACUGCCGCGUCUGUCAGAGAUGUAUACGCCGCAUGGACCACCACUGUCCCUGGAUCAAUAACUGUGUCGGAGAGCUCAACCAGAAAUAUUUCAUCCAGUUUCUCUUCUACAGCGGCGUGGCCAGCCUGUACUCCAUGGUGUUGGUGGUGUCGGCCUGGGUGUGGCGCAUCAGGAACGAGAGAGAAGGCGACGCAGAGAAAGAAGCGGAGGAGACGCCCAGCAAGCACCUGAUAGUCGCCCACUACAUCAUCCUCCUGGUGGAGUCGGUGUUGUUUGGCGUGUUCGUCAUGGUCAUCUUCUACGAUCAGUUGGUCUCCAUCAUCACAGACGAGACUCCCAUCGAGCAGAUGAAGAACAGACUGAUGAUGAAGGACAGAGGCUCUUCCUCUUCCUCAUCCUCCCCCUCCUCUCAGCCGCCUCACCCCCCCACACACACCCGCAAGCCGAAGCUCGCUCUGCUGCGGGAGGUCUUCGGAAGAGGUUCGGUCCUUUGCUGGCUUCUUCCCCUCCACUCCAGCCCUCCGUCGGUUGGGGGCAUCACCUACUCCGCCCUGCCCGACUACGACGUCUGAUUCCUGUGUGUGUGUGUGUGUGUGUGUGUGUGUGUUAGGUUAAUGAAUGAAUGAGUGAAUGGAAUGUGUGACCUCGAAUGGGUUCUUCAAGCCGAAAACGUGACGUCAAAAGUCUUCUUAAAUCUUCUCGUUUGUGCCCAAAAGCCUCUGAAGUAACAUUUACGGUGGAAACUCCCAAGAUGCAUUGCAAUGGAGUGUGUAAGUAUGCGAACGGGGUUUCUAGCUGACUUCUGGUCAGUGUUUACGCAAACGGAAGAGUGAGAACACAAACUUCCCAUUGUCCUCGAAUGAGCCUCUUGAACAAAAAGCUCCUGAAGGAGGUCAGGGAGGUCCACUUCCUGUUUCAUCAAAGUGUUAUUACACCCUCAAGUGUUAUUACACCCUGAACCCCCCAAAACGCCCAAACUGUUGAAUUGAAAGUACACUAAAAUAUCACUCUAUCCUGUUUAUUGUAAACAACGGGCCCAAAUAACGAAGCCAUAGAUGCAUCUGGAAGGGGUUCUUUUGCUACUGAGUUGGUUCUAGUCCAACACUUUAAAACCAAGACACUGUAUUUUCUAUUAUUUAUUUAUUUGUAUUCUCAAAUCAACCACUUGAGCUCGAGGUUUCGAUUUUACCUUCCUGGAAAUAAGAGUUCUCCCCGAAGGACGGAGGUUCUACCCGGAACCAUUUUUUUUUUUUUUUUUUUUUUUUUAGAAAGGGGCUUUCAGGGGUUCUUCUCAACCACACGGGUUCCAUUAAGAACCUUUUCGGGAAGAAAGAGAACACGGGAUUGUUGUGGGUUGAGCUGCCCCACAUCGGAGUUCCAGAUAAAACCCUUGGAAUCUGAAAGGGUUCUCUGUAGAACCCCCAUCGGUGGGUUUUUGAUUAACCCCAUGGAAUAUAAAAUAAAAGGGUUCUCGGUAGAACCCCCCCUUGGUGGGUUUUAGAUGAACCCCAUGGAAUAUAAAAGGCUUCUCACGAGAACCCCCUUGAUGAGUUCUCGUUAGCACCCUUAGAAGCCUGAAAGGUUCUGGUUAGAAUCUCUAGAGAGGGUGUUUGGGUGGAACAUCACACGCUCAAAGGGUUCCCUGUACAACCUUUCAUAUGGGGUUCUCGUUGGAACCUUUCACAGAUGUUCGGUUCUAAGUAGAAAACUAUGAAAGCGUUCCAGAAAAGGUUCUCCUACGGGGACGAGCUGCAGAACCCUAUGAAGUUCUAGUUGACUCAUUUUUAAAAGAUAUUUCUAUGAUCAACUAACAUGUCAUUUUAUACGUGCGGGGAAACUAAACGAGCUCCUUUACAUCCUGUGAACUAAUAACAACAAUAAUAAUAACAAUAAUAGAAACAAUGGAAACGACAACGAUGUGUUCAGGGUUCAUAAGCAAACCUGGAAACGAAGAAUGACCUCAAAGACAUUCCUUGUUGUGUUUGUUUAGUUUUUUUCCUCAUUCCUGUGUUCUUUUUAAAAGUACAACACAGUUUAGUGUGUUACACUUGUACACACACACACACACACACACACACUCAGAGUACACUUCUCAGUAUUCUGCUAAAUCUCAGUGAAGGGACGAUUUUUAACUUAUUUAUUGUUUAACUAUUCCGUGGAGAUAUCUCCACCAAUAACUGUGUUGUUGUUGUUGUUGUUUUUGUGAUCAUUCACGCUGAGGAGGGUUUUUUCGGGCUUGAAGUCUCACUUUAAAUUGAAAAAAGUGUUGGAUGCAAAGACAACGUCACCCCUCUGUGUUUUUAUGUAUGUAGUUAUUGUGACUUCAGUGAACUCUUCAUUCUUAACAAAGUGUUCACAAAUGUUCCUCAAAUGCUCCGAAAACCAGAACAACUGCCAGUGGGUGUCACCGGAGCCCCUUUUCUCUUGAAUCAUGUGACUUACAUCACAUCAAGUGAUCUGCCUUUUUUUUUUUUUUCUUCUUCUUCUAAUUGUACGUUUUUUACAUUUCAAGAAAAAAACAAAGUUACAGAUAUUUACUGAAAGCUCUCAUUUUAAAACACGUCUCUUAACAAAGUGAAACCCUCGGAGAGACGCUAGCCGCGGUAACGAGACGACGUCUACUCAACACCAUUCUCACGUGUCGACGGUUUAAAUGGAGCUACAGCCGGCCGCCGCUUAGCUUAGCAUCGAGACUGGAAAGCUAAGGGCCUCGUCCAUCUUCUCAUCUAACCGCUGUUUCCAGAUCAGAUUGACGGUUCCCCAAUCACAACUUGAAACCAGCCCGAUUCAAUAAAAAACUAGCCCAAAGCAGAUGGGUGGCCACCAUUCUUCCAGCUUCCUGUUAUCUUUCUAGAGAACUGGGAGGCUUUGAUUGGCUGGUAUUGUUCUUGCCCCCCAUUAGCAUCUUUAAGGCCACCACAUUGGCACACCAGGAGGCGCACGUACCUCAAGCGACGUGGUUAAUUGUCUUGAUAAUGAAGCUCAUGCUCUGAAUGCGAGUUUUCCAACUCUGAUGGCGACCGAGCUACAAGACGCCUUAUUUCUGUUGGUUUUUUUAUCGUGUUUUUGACCGCAGGAAUGUUUUUCAUAUAGCUACUGGCGACCGCUCUCCAUGCAGGUAUCCCUUAACGUUCGUCCUCGCACAGGUUUUGGUUUAGCUGUACAUAGGAAAAGUUCAUAUUUUAUAUAUAUAUCGAUGUGCAAUUUUAAUUGAGGGAAAGUUCUGGCAUUUUUUUAUUUUUUUUUUCUCUGCGGGUGUUUUUCUAUAUAUCGCGAUCCGUGUAAAACAAAACAGGUUUGAGAUGUUUUCGUAUGAGUUUGUUUAAAAUGUGAAUAUGUUACAGUCUCAUUUAAAUCAAACACCUAAAAACAUUUAAAACUAAAUGUUUUGUGUCCAGGUGGGUGUUUGACUUGCUUGUUGAAAAAUGCAGUUGAUCUGUUUUUUAUUUUUUGUGUUUCAUCGUCGCUCAACAGGGUGCGCUUGUUUCGGUGCCUCCUUCCCACUGAUUCUAUCAUUUGAAAACAUUCACCGGCCGUUAGCUGAAACGAAACAAGCGCACCCCGAGUGAAAGGAAUGUACAAACAAAAGGGCCUGAAAUUAAUGAUUCAACAACCAGCCAAAUGUUUAACUGUCAGUUCUGCUAGAUUGUUUGGCGAUUCAAAAAUGUACAACUUUAUUGACUUCCAUGAGCGGAAACAAAGUGCUUCAAAUUCCCCCCUCGAGCUACAGUGGCUUGUAAUUGUCGAAGAGACAUUUAAAAAAUUUUUUAUUGUAAGCUAAUCUGCCCCCCCCCCCCCAAAAAAAAUCAACCAAAGAAAGAAUAUCCAAAUAUUUUUUAAAUAAUAAACAUAAAGUUUGAUGUCUCAAGUGUUAAUGUGGUUAAAGUGUCUUUUUAAAGCGUCUUUAACCACAUUAAGGUCAAUAAAGAGUCACGUACACCCAAGUCGGUCUUCAUAUUUCGGCACACCUCAGCUGUUAAAACCUGGUAUGUGAUGGCUGGUUUGUUUCACAGCCUUCAAACAAAACCAACAAAGAGUGUUUCUUCAUGUGGCUUCAUGAUAAACAAGUUUAAAACACGCUCUAUUCAUUGUUACGUGUGUAUUAUGUCACGCUGCUCCUUCAACUGGAAGUAAAACAGACAACUUUUGAACUUCA